ACCCGUCCGCCUCCUUCAAACUCCUACAGUCCUAUUACCGCCGUUUUAUGGUAAUCCCAUUUUCCUUCUCUCUAUACAUUUCUCGCGCGAUUUCCCAGAAAAAGCAUAAGAGCAGACAGACAUGCGAAGGAGGAGAAUGACCUGGACCGACCCCACGAAACCCCAUAACCUCCCCCACCCAGACCUAUUGAUUACUCUGGCCAAGGCCGCUUGACCCGGCCUACAAUCGGUUGAAACCACACCCCCACCCCCCCCCCCCCCCCCCCCCGCGCCCCGGCGGGCGGCGCCCCGGGCCUUCCACACCACUUGGCCCACCGUGUCGAUCGAGAGUGUUUUUUGUACUCUUUGGGCCGUUUCUUUAUCGGUUUGGUGAGUCAAACGCCCCGCGAUGGCCUCGGAUUCCGAGUUGAAGCGAGUAGCAAACGAGCUCUCGUAUCCGAUUCUACUCUGCGAGCGAGUCCGUGUUGCGGUGGACGACGCCGAGUCGUUCAAGCUGGAGUGCGUCGAGGUGUUUAAGCAGGUGGACCGGCUCUCCCACAUGCUCCGGACCCUGGUCCGGUUCUCCAUCGCCACUCCCUCCCUCUAUGAGAGGCCGAUUUGGCGGGUAAUCGCCGACGUCUCCAAGAACCUGGAGCGUGCUCUAACCCUAGUCCGCAAGUGCAAGAGACGGAACGUCCUCCGCCGGGUCGUCACCAUCGUCAGCGCGGCGGAUUUCCGUAAGAUCUUCGGCCUUCUGGAAUCUUCACUUGGCGACAUGAGGUGGCUCCUGAGCAUCUUUGAUUCCGAAAACGUAGGUGGCAUCGUCCUUUCUCUUCCACCGAUCGCCAGCAACGAUCCGAUUAUCUCCUGGGUUUGGUCCUACAUUGCUACUCUUCAAAUGGCCCAACUGACGGAACGAAUUGAAGCAGCCAAUGAACUCGCUUCGCUCGCCAGAGACAACGACAGGACCAAGCAGAUGAUCGUCGAGGAAGGUGGGGUCCCUCCAUUGCUAAAGCUCUUGAAGGAGGACGGGUCGCCGGACGCUCAGAUUGCUGGGGCGAGCGCGCUUUGCAACCUAGCGAACGACCAAGAAAGGGUGAGAAAUAUCGUGAAUGAGCUCGGGGUUCAGAUUAUAGUGCAAGUCCUCGCGGACUCGCCUAUGAAGGUUCAAUCUCAGGUAGCGACGUUGGUGGCGAGGAUGGCUGAGCAUGACCCUCUGGCGCAAGAGGAUUUCGCGAGAGAUAACGUGAUAAGGCCGCUUGUGACACUGUUGUCUUUCGAGACAUUUGAUGACGAGCAUAGAGAGCAAUCUGGCAAGCAAAGCAUUCAUUCGAUUGUUCAAAUUAACAAGGAGAUGGAGAAGAAAUCGUUAACUAGGCCGACUGCCGGACCAUAUACGCAUUCGCAAUCGAGCUCGCAUUACUAUUAUAAUUAUUAUCAUUCCUCGGAGGGGAGUAAGCAUAGGAGAGAGAGGGAGAACGAAAAGCCCCAACUGAAGCUUUGUUUGAAAAUUAGUUGUGCUGAGGCUUUGUGGAAGCUUGCCCGAGGGAGUGUGUCCAACAGUAGGAGGAUAACUGAGACAAAAGGGCUACUUUGUUUGGCCAAGUUGGUGGAAAAAGAAGAGGGUGAGUUGCAAUACAAUUGCUUGAUGACCAUAAUGGAGAUAACGGCUGCAGCUGAGUCCAAUGUUGACCUUAGACGUGCAGCAUUCAAGACUACUUCACCGGCUGCCAAGGCUGUUGUGGAUCAGCUGUUGAGGGUGGUUAGAGAGUUGGACAGCCCUGUCUUGCAAGUUCUGGCCAUAAAAUCGAUUGGUUCAUUGGCAAGGACAUUUCCUGCUAGAGAGACCCGGGUAAUUGGCCCGCUAGUUACUCAUCUUGGCAAUAGAAACACCGAUGUGGCUGCAGAAGCUGUCAUUUCGUUGCAGAAGUUUGCUUGUCCGGGUAAUUUUCUUUGUAUGGAGCAUUCAAAGACAAUAAUUGAGUUCGAUGGGGUGCUGCCAUUGAUGAAAAUGCUGAGGGGCAAUGAACGGACAUUGUUGCAAGGUUUGAUUCUGCUUUGCUACCUUGCAUUGCACGUUGGAAAAAGUGACUCUUUGGAACAAGCAAGGGUGUUGACUGCCCUUGAGGGGGUAGACCGUACCGUGGUUUCCCAGCAUCCUGAAUUGAGAGAAUUGGUACCCAAGGCUAUAUACCACCUCAGUCUAUACCACCAGGGAGUCCAUUCCCAAAGGUUUUCAUUUGUUCCUUGAAUACCAACUUAGUGAGUAGUGUGCACAAUGUCUUUGUGGGACAUCACUGCACUGUUCAGUUCUUGGAAUUGGUGGAUACUUUUGGAUCGGAUGAAAAUAGAUGUUAUAAAAUCACGCAUAGUUUUUUAAUAAGGAUUAAGGAAAUUCAAUAUUUCAUCAAAUUAGAUUGUCUUGUGGUGAUGUAAUUAUGCACAGCUCAGUGUAGAUAGGAUGGUUUAAUAUUAUUGCGUUCAUGAACAGAUAUAAAUUGCAUUGCCCUGUUUUUUCCCCCAUAUCUUUCAGUCCAUACUCAUGUACAUGUCUGAUCGUGGAAAAUGUUGUCACAGCAGUUGGAUUUACUCUGUAGCAGAUUUCUUGCUCCA